UGUAAACAAAAGUGACAUGCUGGUGGUGCGCUGAUCGAAUCUCACAGCUUGUGAACAGGUAACAGGUAUUUCCCAGAGUGAGUGCUGUGAUGGGUUUCGCUCAGCGGCCGGUGAAAUGGAUGUUAAAGGGAGGGACGAGGUGGAGACACUGAAGUCUAAAUUUAUGUCAGCGUGGAACAAUGUGAAGUACAGUUGGGCUCUGAAAACGAAAACGUCCUUUAGUCGCCAUUCUGCGGUCUUCUUACUGGGUAAAUGCUAUCACUUCAAAGUGGAAGAUGAAGAAAGUUCUACUGAAAGCUGCAGCACCGAAGCGCUCGACGAUGACGCCGUCAUGGGUAACGUGGACGGAUUUCGGAGGGACUUCGCGUCCCGGAUCUGGCUGACGUAUCGAGAAGAGUUUGCCCCCCUGUCAGACUCGAAUGUCACUUCGGACUGUGGCUGGGGCUGCACUCUUAGAGCUGGGCAGAUGAUGCUGGCACAGGCUCUUUUACUGCAUUUCUUGGGCAGAGACUGGACGUGGCCGGACGCCCUCACCCUGGAGCCCCUGGACACGGAGACGUGGACGAGCAGCGCAGCACGGAGACUGGUCGCCUCCCUGGAGGCCUCGUUCCAGAGUGACAGGCCGAGAGUCUCCGAGCCCCCGUGCCACGCCCACUGCGGGGCGGAGGAGGCAGAUGCCCACCUGGAAGAGGUGUACCACCGCACCGUCGUGUCCUGGUUCGGAGACGUGCCCUCCGCACAGCUGGGAGUCCACAGGCUGGUCCAUUUCAGCAUGAUGUCAGGGAAGAGAGCGGGUGAUUGGUACGGCCCGGCGGUGGUGGCACACAUACUGAGGAAAGCUGUGGAGGAGGCUAUAGACCCAGAACUGCGUGGUGUGACUGUUUAUGUGGCGCAGGACUGUACGGUGUACAGUGCUGAUGUCGUCGAGAGUCACUUAACCCAUAGGGACACGCACGGCGGUACGGACGGGUCGGGCAGUGAAAGCGGAGCCGUUAUCAUCCUCAUCCCUGUAAGACUGGGCGGAGAGAAGAUUAACCCCGACUACUUUACCUUCGUCAAGUCCAUCUUGAGUUUGGAAUAUUGUAUCGGUAUCAUCGGAGGGAAACCCAAACAGGCGUACUACUUUGUCGGGUUUCAAGAUGACAGCUUGAUUUACAUGGACCCUCAUUACUGUCAGACUUUUGUAGACGUCAGCACAAGCAAUUUUCCUCUGCAGUCGUAUCAUUGCCCAUCACCCAAGAAGAUGCCUUUCAGCAAAAUGGACCCGAGCUGCACUAUCGGAUUCUACUCGAAAAGUGUUCAGGAUUAUGAAAGAAUCAGCAGUGAAUUAUCAAAGGUGCUGCGGUCAUCGCCCAAAGAGAAGUACCCGGCGUUCACCUUCAUGAAAGGGCACGGGAGGGAUUACGAGCUGUCGGCCCCCGUGGAAAAGAAGGAGUGGCCGUUCAUCAAGGACGCGCGGAAGGCCGGGCCCACGGCCGGUGACUUCGUGCUGCUGUGAGACGGGCGUGUCCAUUCGGAUGUGUUUUUUUCGGGUGUUCUUACUAAAAUGGUCAGAGAAUCAGUAUUACUGGGUGUGACCAAAGUGACCAAUAAACGGCACCUAAACGAA